AUGUAGCGCGCGGCCUGGAGAACUUGCCUGUGAGACUGUGGCCUCCGGGGCUGGGGCCCAGGCCUAAGCCUUUCCAGGAAGAGGGAGGAGAGAAGCAGCCCACCGUAUGAUUGAUCCUUAGACCAACCAUUGAAGGCGUACAUUAAAGUCUGGAGAACAAAACUGUUGGGAAAGGAUAUUCCUGGUGUCACAAAAUGAGAUACUGAACAAAGUAGAAGUAACUCAGCCAGGAUUAAAAAGUCUGAGCCCAUUUGGAUAUUUCACCCUGAGCUCGAAAACCCACCAGUCACUGAGCUCCAAAUCCCUGGGCUUGCCUUGAAAUGAUACCAAUGCCCACCCUGGAAAACUCCAAUAGACUCUCAACUGCCAAGUAUGCUCCUGAUCAUGUAGCGGGGCCUGGAGCAGACAUGGACCCCACACAAAUAACCUUUCCUGGAUGUGCUUGCAUCAAAACACCGUGUGCCCCUGGCACUUGUUCCUGUCUCCGCCACGAGAAUAACUAUGAUGACAAUUUAUGCCUUAGGGACAUGGGAUUGGAAGCAAAGUACGCCAAGCCAGUUUUUGAAUGCAAUGUCCUGUGCCAGUGUGGUGAUCAGUGUAGAAAUAGGGUGGUCCAGAGUGGUCUUCAGUUCCUUCUCCAGGUAUUCCAGACAGAUAAAAAAGGCUGGGGGCUUCGGACCUUGGAAUCCAUACCCAAGGGAAGAUUUGUCUGUGAGUAUGCUGGAGAGGUUUUAGGAUUUUCUGAAGCACAGAGAAGAAUUUGCCUACAAACAACACAUGACCCAAAUUACAUCAUUGCUGUCAGGGAGCACAUUUACAGUGGACAGGUCAUGGAAACUUUUGUCGACCCUACCUACAUCGGAAAUAUUGGGAGAUUCCUGAAUCACUCUUGUGAGCCAAACCUGUUGAUGAUUCCUGUCCGAAUUGAUUCAAUGGUACCUAAGCUGGCCCUUUUUGCAGCCAAAAACAUUUUGCCAGGAGAAGAACUCUCUUAUGACUAUUCAGGAAGAUUCCUUAAUCAAACAAGCAGUAAAGACAAGGAAAGGAUAGAUCAUGGACAACCAAGAAAGCUAUGUUACUGUGGUGCCCCAUCGUGUACCACUUUUCUGCCCUAUGACAGUUCACUAUACUCAGGCACCAGUUAGGAAGGGAGGUCCUACCUGUUGGCCUUUCCAUGGACAGAAGUCGGAGGGAAUCAAGUAUUAAGUGACUCAGCUGCAUCUGGGUCCACCUCCUGCAAGCAGCCUACUCUCAAGGGACGCAUACCUUGUCCUCUGUACCUUGUCCAUCCCUGUAAGAAAAACCAGGGGUUCCCUGGCCCUGCCUCUACUCAGCGACGGCCCAGACUGUAAAAUGUCUGAUAAUACCCUUUCUCCCAGAAUACUUAAUUUUGUAGCUGAAGGUGGAUAAGUGACUAUGUUCAAGGCUACAAGUGGAAAUGAUAAAUCCUUGUACAUCGUCCUUGUAUUUCUUGAAAACCAGAACUCCUACUUGAUGGCUGGAGUUUUAGCAGCCAUCCUAAGUAGUGGGAAAGGGCCAUGCAGAGCAGAUCAACAAGAUUUCUUCUACUGUAGAAAAUGCUGCUAGUAUUGGUCUGAUGCCUCUGCACUUGUAGGUGAGAAGCCUACAAUGUUAAGCCAUUGUUGCCUCUCAUGUAAGCAAACCUUAUCAUGAUUCAAGAUGACCUCAGCCUUGUCGCCUGGCUAGUUUUGUCAGUAAUAAAGCUGUUUUGUUUUUCUGUC